GAGAACAGUUGCCGAAUCGACACUACAAUACUUACGCGUAUUUUUGUCGAAACCGUCGUGUUCGUGACUCGGACGCGGGUGAUAUUGCGAAAUUAUUGUGUGUUUCUGUGUUCGUUUAUGUUGUCUGUGUUAUUAUUUGUGCAUAAUGGUGAUUUAGUGGUGAAAAACGUGAAAGGACUUUAGGGUAACAAUGUCUAGCAGUUGACAUGUUUAUCUGUGUCGUGUGUGAAGAUUUUCCCUUCGCGUGAGGAGGUGCGGUGUCAUAGUGUGCGGCGCGCGCUGGUGUGCGUGCCGCGGUCGUGGAUACACGGGACCCAAUGAUGGAUUGCAUUUUCAUGGAUGUAUAGAAUGUGGAAUCUACCACCGAUCCAUCAAUGAAGGUAACAUUCAUCUGACCACAACAAACAAUGCGGUCACAAACAUCGAAACCUGUACCUAAGAAAGGGGCAGUAAGUAGAACAAAAUUUAAGGCAAGCUCUAAUGUCAAACAGGCCAAGAAGAAAGCUGCAACGCAAAAGAAGGUCAAAAACAUUGCUAAUAAAACAUUAGCAAAAACCCUUAAGAAAAGUUUGGCUAAAGAUGAUACUUCUAACAAAAAAGAUGGAGAACCUUCUUCAGGAGACAAAAACGAAUCACCUCCUGAAACUUCCAAGCCUGGCCCUUCCAAAUCAAGUCCUAGAAGUACAUCACCGGCGAAAAAAGCUAAAAAGGAUCCCAAAGAAAAGAAAGAUAUGGCUAAUACUAAUACGGAAGUAGCUGCCAAGAAACCUCCUAAAAAGACAACCAAAUCUGGCAAAAAAGCGAACAAAAAUUCAAACAUCAAAAAAGCUGAAACAAAAGUUGAUGAUACAAAGUACAAAAUUAAUGUAGAUGCCGCUAAGAAGACCCCCGCAAAGUUAUGUAAAGCUAAAACUGUGGUUAAAAAAGUAAAUACAAUAAGUCAAAAGAAAAAAGCUACAACUAAUAAUAAGCCAGAAGUGCAACAAAAAGAAGACUGCGACAAAAAUAAGGAAAAAGAUAAUUCGAUCAAAAAUGAAGAUGAUGAAAAACCUAAUGUUAGUAAAGAGGUAGUAACUGAGAAAUUGGAGACUAAUCUUGAAGAUAAAAUUAAAGUAGAAACCAAAACUGCACCAACAAGCGCUACGGAUGUUUCUACGAAUGUGUCAACAAUAACAAUAGAUACGCCCAAAACUGAAACAGAAAGGCCCUUGAAAUUCUUCACUUCCAGCAGAACACCAAGAACUGUUGAUAUAGAUGUUAAAUGCUGUAAAACUUCCAAAGGAAAUUUAUCUGUUUCAGAAAGAUUUCUAUCUAUGAAAGUAGAAACUAAAACUGAUGAUGACAAUAAAGAAAAAAGUACAUCAAAUACGCUAGUCUCUCAAGGCCCUGAUAUUGAUGUUUACACCUUCACUGAAAAGGUUGACUCUCCAAAAAGUAUAUUAUCUGAUUUUCGCAGUCCUGUUACUAAAAACGUUGGAAGAGUACGGCCCAUAGCUAGAGUCAAAGGGACUGUCAUUGAUAAAAAGACAGAAUCCGAGAAGAAAAAGUAUUCGCCUCAUCGCCCUAUAGAAGAAGUCGUAAAACAAUUGAAAGCUUACAAAAGGACCGAAGAAGUUAAUGCCUCUGCGACACAAAUUCCAAUCAGUACAUCUAAUGAUCAGUCAGGGGCGGCAAAUGAACAAAAAGAUUCAGAAGAUAAUCCAAAACCAAUUGUAAGUAAAUCAUAUAAAAUGGUGGCUCGUAAAUCAAGUGUGACAGGAAAACCAUUUAGCCCAAUAAAAUUUUUGUACCAAGAGCCAACUUCUAGCAAAACGGAAAAAUCACCGAAGACUACUUCCCCUGUUGUUACAAAGAAACCACCUCCUAAACCUAAAAAGCAGCAGAAGAAACCAAGCAUAUCUGAUGAAGAGAUUGAUACUUCCAAAUUCGCUUUAAACACUUCGUUUCAUUAUGCCUCUUCAGAUGAAAGUGUUAAUGAAUCUAACGAUGACAAUGAUACCAAAGAGUCUUCCGGUUCAGAUACACCUAAAACCAAGAAAAUGAAAAAUAAAAAAUAUAAAAGAAUAACUGAUACUGCCAAGAAAUCAACAACAUCAAAGGAGUUAAAAGAACUUUCUAAAGACUCCUUAGUUGAUCUCAAAGAUAACUCACUGCUCUUAGGUGAAAAACCGAGUAAAAGACGGCUCAAACUGUUAUCUAUGUGGGCUGGGCCUAAAAAACAUAGAAUGGCAUCUCUUAAUGCUAUGGCUAAAGUACAUUGCUUAUACGAAAAUGAAAGUCGUACACAUAUGGAGUUAGGUUUGAUGAAGACCGUUGAUAGACAAGCCAUUCCAGGUACGUCUAAACAAAUAAUUACUAAAAAGAAAGACUGUAAGAUGAAAGAGUCAGAAAAACUUACGACUUCAAACUCGGAAUCCGAGUAUGAAUCGAAGGCUGAGAAAAAAGAUGAGAGCUCUGAAAGUUCUGAUGACAACCCUCCUUCACGCACUCUGCGUGGGGUCCCAGGUAUCCGCAGCGCGGGUAAAUACUGGGAUCCGAAGUCCUCGACUUCGUCCAGCGAAGAUAGUGAGCUUGAAACGAAAAAGAAAACCAUUAGUCCUGAGAAAAAGAAAACUAUCACCAAAACUGCGGCCGUAAAAUCUGACGUUGAGAAACCUCCAGCAAAAAUGAAAAAAUCACCUGGAGCCCCUGUGAAAAAGAAAAGAAAUCGUAAUGAAGUAGUGAUGGAUCUGAAGGACAUGGUAGUACAAAAACGGAUGGCUAGUUUGAAUGCGACGGCGAUCUUAGCUGCUAGCUAUGAGAAACGAUCGCCUAAAUCUAGUAAAGAUGACACGUCAUCAGAUUCUUGUAGUGAUGAGUCUUUUUCUCAGAAGCCAAAAAACGGGGUAGGUUCCGGCGUGAAGUCGGAAAGUAAAUUAGAAGAAACUAAAAAAGAGUUCGAUGAGGCCUCGUUAACAGACAGGAAACAGAAGGUUGAGGUGAUCGUCAACCAAGACACUGACGUUACCAUAACUGGAGUGUACUCGACUCAUCACGAGGGGUUUUGCACCGCAAUGCAAUACCGAAUCUCCUCCACGAGCCACACGCAGACCACGGCCACAGCAAACUGCGAAAAGGAGGGUUGCUCGCGUGAGGAUGGCUCCCGGUACACUCCACUAUCAGCUCUGUCUUCCAUGCAGCCACCAGCGGAACACGCUCAUAAUCAUCCUCAUCCAGUCCCAGAGCUGGGAGGCCUAGCCCGCCGCGCCGCCGGGUGCUCCAGUGCCUUCUCGGCGCCCUCGCCUUCUGCUCAUCAUGAACCAGGCUACUACCAGCCCGCGGGCCCGCUCAUCAAGGAGAGCGGCGCGGACGCCGAGCGCGCGCUGGCCCGCUACCACCCGCCGCCGCAUUACCACGCGCCGCACCCUUCCGUGCUACAGCAAUACGGCGCCCCGUACUAUCCGGCGGCAGAACUAUGCUACGGCCGGUACUACAGGCCUUCGGGACCAUACCACAUGCCGCCUCCACAGCCCGAUGCUCCAAUGGUAGGGGUAGGCAGCGAACCUUAUCCCCCGCCACAAUACUAUGGUACUCCCCCAUGUUACCAACACUCGCCGCAAAGGAUACCAUACGUAGAAUAUCGCGGAUGCCCGUGCCCACUAAACGCGUGUCCAAAAAACGUCCUUAUUGGGCCCGCUACUGGUAAAGCCCCAGCUGGUGGCGGCCCGGACGUCCCUUCGGCCCUCGCGCCGCCCGGGGGCGCCUUCCGAGCGAAGGUGCGGGCGUGCGCCCUCGACGCUGUCGCUGACACACACGGCAGCGGGAAGGACCCUCCGCUGGAGUCAGAACCACCGGCCGCAGCUGACGCUCCACACCCCUGUCCGCUACCAGCUAUCGGAGGCGCAUCACCCAAGCGCGAACUGUACGACGUCCGCGACAACCUCCGUCUGGUGGGGGACAUCCCGGGCCCCGCUGAGCCAAUUGGCCCGCCCUCCCCUGCGAGGGGCUCAGCGGGGGCCUGCGCUCCCCAGCCGCCCCCCGCGGCUCCCAGGCGGGCCCGCCUAGGCAAGGACAUGGCGCGGAAAUCUCUUGCCGGCGACGACACCGGACUACUCCUCUCCGCACCCCAAGCUCCCCUGCUGGUCCACAGCAGCGACGCCGAUGAUGACGUCAUGGCGAUCUCACCCCCAGUCUGCGCUCCCAUUGAUCUCUCCUCCUCCGAUGAACGAUCCACCCCUCUAGUUGACGUCAAAAAAGAAAACGAGGGCCCCACUAACGCGCUAUUGCGUAAAACCGACGCUCUCGCUCUCAGAGAACACAACUGCACAGCAGUCUCUGAACAAAACAUGGACGUCACGGAUUCCGCGAAAGCAGUCAAAAGGCGAUAUUCCAGGCCGAAGCUGGAAAUAGACAUGAAGGAUACGCAACUGGAGGAUGGUUGCAAAACGAAUUGCAUCGGGGAACACGUGAAAUUGCAAAAGCGCAGAAAAGUAUCAGGGGAACAGACUGACGUUCGAUUGGAAACUAUAACGAAGGAGCCUAAGAAGAAAACGUCGCCGGCUAAAAGAGUGCCUAAAACACCGUCGACAGAAAAGAAACCGCUCAAAAGAAAACUGGAGAGCGUGGCGGCCGGAUCACGGGCAAAGAAGGCACUCGUUGAGACAGCCAACGAAGACCCGCGCCUAAAGAAUGUAGCCGCUGUCCCCGAAGACCUUGCGGCCCCUAAGCCGAAAACUAAGAGUGCAUUGCUGCUGGAUAACCUCAUCAGAAAGAACAGCAUCGACAGGCCUGACGCGAAGGGCUUGUCCGAGAGAAAUCUGAAUCCGGCGGAGCUGUUCCUCUCGCCCGACGAGAACGUCGCUCAGAGUUGCGCGAAGAAAACCAACAUCAACAACAACGUCGUGGACAGCGCCAACGCGCCCGUCAACGGCGUGCGGCCCAACACCAUCGCCGCCGUCAGCCAGCUCAUAGGGAAGAAGCUCGCGUACAAAAACCCCUGCAAAGUCGAGAAGAUCGACUCGAAGAUAACGCACAACCUCAAAUCAGUAUUAAAAACGCCCACCGUGAAGUCGUCGGAGGACGACUGCAAACCCUCAGAGAGGCGGUCGUCCGAGGACUGCGUAGUGGUUCCGGAGAAGAGCGAGGAGGCGGUUAAGGAUGUCGAAGUGUCGAAGGAGGAUAAAGUCGAAGCGGAGAAGCCAAAAGCGAAGGCGGUUUUGAAGACGGACGCCGAAGAAUCUCAGAAGCGGAGCGAGGUGGAGGAGGAGAAGGAAAAAGAGAAGGAUAAGGGGAAGGGGAAAAGAAAGGGGAAGGGGGAGUUAAAAGAUAAGGUGGUGAAACUGCUGGUGUCAAAGAAGCCGGGGCUGAAGGCUGAUGAAGCUGCGUUGGUGGUGGAAGACGCUUGUACGACGAGCGGGUCGGUACGGCGCACGCGGCGCCGGCGCAGCGGGCUGGUGGUGCGGCGCCAUCGCCGGCCGCCCGCGCCGCCGCCGCCGCCCGCCAGCGAGCCGCGCGCGCCGCCUCGCUGGAGCAACGGCUGGAGUUUCGACGGCGAACACUACUUGUCCAAAGUCUACCUCAAUAACGACUCGCGCCUGGACCGCACGGCGCGCUGCUGGGCGCGCAUGACGCACGCGAGCGGCGACAGCGUGGCGCGCGGCGACUGCGUGCUGCUGCGCGCCUCGCUCGCGCGCGCGCAGCCCUUCGUGGCGCGCGUCGCGAGCCUGUGGCAGAACCCGGACGACGGUGAGUCACUGUCAAUACACAGCUGAGAUCACGUGAGCGGCGACAGCGUGGCGCGCGGCGACUGCGUGCUGCUGCGCGCCUCGCUCGCGCGCGCGCAGCCCUUCGUGGCGCGCGUCGCGAGCCUGUGGCAGAACCCGGACGACGGUGAGUCACUGUCAAUACACAGCUGAGAUCACGUGAGCGGCGACAGCG